CUGCACCCUGCUCGCUGUCCUGCUUGCUAACACUGGCUGAAUUGAUUUCACUUUAUUUCUUUGAUUGUCCUCAGCUGCAGGUCUUCAUCACUUGCUCUCUUAUAUAGUGAGAGUUGUGUGGGGGAAAGUCUUCACACAGAGAGAAGUACCUGAAAGUGCUCCUGAUCAGUGCUUGUCUAUCUCAUUAGCUAAAGACAUGGAUCAGAUUACAGAGCUGGGGAACCAAAGUGAGGGGUUCAUCCUAGAAUCAAACGGAUCUGAUGAGCAGCCAUCUGUAAAGCCACUUCUGGGCAUUGGCAUAGACAAUCUUAUUACUUUGGUGGUGUUUGGCAUUAUAUUUGCACUGGGGGUCUUGGGCAACUCAUUGGUCAUCACAGUGUUGACAAGAAACAAGCCUGGAAAGCCUCGCAGCACCACCAACAUCUUCAUACUGAACUUGAGCAUUGCUGACCUUGCUUACCUCCUGUUCUGCAUCCCUUUCCAGUCCACUGUCUAUGUCCUGCCAACCUGGGUGCUUGGAGCUUUCAUCUGCAAGUUCAUCCAUUACUUCUUCACUGUAUCCAUGCUGGUGAGCAUCUUCACCCUCUCUGCCAUGUCAGUUGAUCGCUAUGUAGCUAUAGUGCACUCCAGGAGGUCUUCUUCCAUUCGUGUUUCAAGGCAUGCCCUGCUUGGAGUCAUCCUCAUCUGGAUUCUGUCCAUUGCCAUGGCUUGUCCUGUUGCCUAUAACCAACGCCUGAUCUACAGGAACAACCAGACCUUCUGUUGGGAGGUCUGGCCAAAUCUGAAGCACAAGAGGAUUUAUGUUGUCUGCACCUUUGUGUUUGGGUACCUGCUCCCUCUGCUCCUCAUUUCUUUCUGCUAUGCCAAGGUUCUUAACCAUUUGCAUAAGAAGUUAAGGAACAUGUCAAAGAAGUCAGAAGCUUCAAAGAAAAAGACUGCGCAAACAGUCCUCGUUGUUGUGGUGGUAUUCGGAAUAUCAUGGCUCCCCCAUCAUGUGAUCCAUCUCUGGGUGGAAUUUGGAAGUUUUCCUCUCACUCAAGCCUCCUUCGUCUUCAGAAUAACUGCUCAUUGCCUUGCAUAUAGUAACUCUUCUGUGAAUCCUAUCAUCUAUGCUUUUCUGUCUGAAAAUUUCCGAAAAGCUUAUAAGCAAGUAUUUAAAUGUCAGAUGGGCUGCAAUUCCAUGCAAAGCGAUGUCAAGGAAAUUAAAAGUAAGAUGGAGACCCCACCCUCCACAAAUUGCACUCAUGUUUGACAGAGAGAAAAAUCAUGUUCCUGCUCAGAUCCAUUCAUGCAAGCUGCGAGAUUUCAAAGCACAAGGAUACUUGGAUAAAAUUGCAACUACAUUGUCUAGUCUUAAUGAAGUUGGCAUCUGUUUCAGUUAGCUUAUGUCUUAUAAGUUAUAUCUGGUAAGCUGCUGCUGCUCAAAUAAGAUCUAGUACCGUUCUGUUCAUCAAAAGAGAAGUGAGAUGGAAAUCUUGAUGCAUUUUAAACUGUAAAUGGUAUUUUUAUUUUUAAAGUAAAAACAUGCAAUGUGCUCUGUGAACCAAUUAUCUUACGCCAAUGUGCUAUAAAAUGACUAUUAUGUUGCCAAUUUGAUGUUAUUAUCGCUAUAAUUUAACUGGCAAAUCUUCAUUUAAGUAAAGCUGAUAUAAAAUUAAUGGUGGAAAAAAAUUAAACAUAUGGACUGCAAAUAGUAGAGCAGUGGGCAUGCAUGACAUAUAGGGAAGCGUGAUAUCACUAGUUUGAUUCUUAAAAUCACUAUUCAGACUAUAAUUCAC